AAUGUCCUCUUCGUGGCCGUGCACGCCUGCCGAGCUUGCCGACGUCGUGUGGGAGCGGCGGUGGAUCGCCCGCCCGGGGCUCAAAAGCAGCACUCCUGGUGCCAGGGAUGCCUCGGUCGUGGUGCGCUACGUCAGCACCGCCAGCGCCUUUGUCGAUGUCCGCGUGGCCGAGAAACGGCAGCCCUGGCCAGCACAGGCGGUCGAUCCGAGCGAGGUAUCGGCCGCUGUGACCGACCGGGCGGCGGAGGCGUUUGCAGGGGUGUCCACGCUGGAGGACGGCGUGAUACGUUGGCACGCCAUCUUCAACCUGGACGGCAGCGCGGGUGCCGAGGGCUGGCGGGCCGCCGAGUCGGGCAGGCCUCUCCCGACGGAGGACGCAGGUACCAUGGAAGUGGUGGAGGGCGAGGAACGCGUGUGGCUCGAGCACGCCUGGCCCGACGCCGCGCAGUACACCGAGGAGUGGGCGAAGCUCGACGGCGGGCCCUCGCUGGCGGCGCGGCGCGGCGACGGCGAGCUCCUCGUCGUCUGCGGCGACUGGUUCGGGUACGCGCGCGACACCCGCGACGCGGGCGGCAGCGUCUGCUUCGCGGCGGGGCGCGUGUCGACGGGCUGGCGCGUGGAGAGCUCGGCGGCGGGUCCGGAGGAGGGGCGGCGCCUCGUCUUGCUCGGCAAGGACGGGUGGUCGCCGCUUCCCGGCGCCACGCUGGCCACGCCGCUGCACGAGCUACUCGCGGGGCCGGACGAGGAGGUCGCGCCGGCCGCGGCCACACCGCUCGCGGCGGCGCCACCGGCGGAGCUGCGCACGGCGCGGCUGCUUCUGCGCCCGUUGCGGGCGGCACACGUCGACCCCGACUACGAGGCUGUGCUCGACGGGCUGACGCCGGAGGGGAGCCCGCUGCAGUCCGUCUUCGCGCGGCGCGACGCGUGGCCGUUCUACGGGAUGACGCGCGAGGAGGACCUGUUCGACCUGCGCCGGCACGAGGCCGAGUUCGAGCUCCGCCUCGCCUUCGCGUACACGGUGCUCGACCCCGCCGACGAGGGCGUGGUGCGGGGCUGCUGCUACAUCAACCCGCCGACCAAGCGGGACUUCGACGCCGAGUGCAUGCUGUGGAUCCGCCCCAGCGCCGCCGACCACGCCGGCCUCGACGCCGAGCUCGAGGCGGCGCUGCGUGGCUGGCUCGCGGGCGCUGCGUGGCCCGAGUUCGACCGGGUGGGCUUCCCCGGCCGCGAGCUCGCCGACGGCCCCAGCGGCGACCGCGCGCGGUGCUGGGAUUACUGGGAGGCCCUCCCCUUCACGACGGCGCGCUACCCUCGGAUCGCCGCCGACGCGAAGACGGUGGUCCUCCACCUCCAAGGGCAGAGCGGCCUCGUCCCUUAACUGCAUGAUUUGUUGUUGUUGUAGUAUGUGCUGACACAAGGCGCGCCCCACUGUGUUUUAGCUCUUAGCUGGUUUCGCCCCUAGAUGUAGAUCGAUCUAGAUGUACAGUGUUAGUCCUGCUACGUCAGUACUCGCGUACUAUGCAGAGAAGAG